AUGUCCGAAACAUCAACUUGCCCAAUUAACGAUUUCUUUGAUAUAGAUGAAGAAAACGACUUGGAUGAACUAAAAAAGGAAGAUACUCAAAUAUAUAGAGGAACUUUUUUAUCUUAUAUUUAUAGGCAGUUCGAAUUUUGUUGUACAACAUUUUUCGAUGAGUUAGAAAAGAAAAAUAAAAAAAAAAAUAUUACAUUAAAGAAAAAUUUUUUUGAAGAUUACGAUAAAAGCAAAAAUGACACUUGUCAGUAUCGUGUCUUUGAUAAAAUACUUAAAAAAAAUGGAGACUUGAUUAAAGAAGUACCGUUAGAUUCGAAAUAUUUUAGCCCUCAUGCAGACUGGUGUGAAUGCGCGCACGAAAUAGAUAUAGAGUUAAAUAUGGAAGAAGUACGGUUUUGUAUUUUUAACUUUUUUUUGAAAAUGUACAGGUCUGAAACGAGAGACAAAGACCUACUAUUAUCUAUUAUUUUAGAAUGUUUAUACUGUAGGAAAGAUUUUAAAAAAGAAAUCCAAUGUCAAAAAGCUAAAUUAAAAUUUUUAAAAGAAAUUAAAAGUAUAGAAAUUAACAACUUUAAAGAGUCCUUAAAUGAAUUAAUUACUAUAAUUGAAAAUACCAAUUUUGUACAAAUUAAUAGAUAUAAAAGUAGUGAAAAGUUUUAUUUUAAAUUAUAUAUUAUCAUAAAUAUAAAAUACCCAUAUGGAAUUUACUUAUAUAAUUGUGAUGAAGCAUAUGAUAUAGUUCUUAUUGAUUGUAAUACUGAUAAUAAUAACAAGCCCAAAAUUAUGAGCUUCUUUUCAUUGAGAAAGUUUGUAUCCUUUCUCAAUAGUAUACAUUCUAUUCAUUUUACUGAUGAAAAUACCCAUGAUUCAUUCCCCAUCGUCGUUUAUGAGUCCAGGGAGUGCUAUGCUUUAUCAAAUAAUAAUUUAUUUCUUAAAUCUAGCGCGUGCAAAAAAAAAAAGAAGAAAUUUCAAAAAAGUAACAUUUUAAAUGAUCAAAAAGAACAUGAGGAUAAAGAUGAAGAUGAAGAUGAAGAAGAUACAGAUAUGCAAAAUGAACAAGGUGUAGAUAAAUGUGAUAAAUAUAGCAACUUUCAACAAGAAAUAAGAUAA